CGCUGCUGCAAUGCCGCGCCCAUGCCAGAAACGGCGCGCGAGCGCGGCUGCAAAUCGAAAGUCCAAAUCCACCAAGCCAGAAGGCCCGCCCCCGAUCCGACACAAAGCGCGACAAAAAGCCAUACACAAUGCGAGACGAGGUCGUGGAGGAGGACGCGGCGGUCGCGGAGGACAAAGAGGCGGACGCGGCGGUCAACAACAAAACUCUGGCGACCGCUUUUCGCAAAAUCAAAGGAGACGCGCAGAAGAAGGAGAGCUGGACUUUAGACCCCUGAGUGGUGCGAAUAAUUUCGAGGUGCUGCACCAAUCCAGGUCGGACUAUGAUAUGGAAAACCGAGAAGAUGGGGAGCUCAGCACAGACAUGAGCGACGACAGCGACAGCGACAUGGACAGCGAUAGCGAGGGAGACUCGGACGAGCUUGACGACGAAGACAUAUCGAUCAAUAUCGAGGAACAAUGUUUCCCUGCCAAGAUUAGCAAAACAAAGACACCCAGGCCAACAAUCAUGUUCACGGUACCCGCUGCAGUCGCAGUCUACGACAAAAUGUACUUGUCUCGGUUUCCACUUACCACAUUGGCCUUCCGUACGCAUUAUGGCCUCUUCCAGGAAGAUGUCACACCAGACUCUGGCGCGUACAUUUCGCUAGGGUCAUCCGCAGCGUCUCGUCGAUCGAGCGUCAGCAGUGCCACAAGCGAUGGAUCUGUUGUAGUAGAACAAGUCACAGCGACUGUUUCUGAGACAUACAAUCCUGCGCGCGACUAUGUGUUUGACUGGGGAGUACAUAGUGGCAAGCGAUUCACCGAGGUCGAGGACAAGUACCUGCGUACAAUCGGGGGUCAGCUAUACAGAUAUACAGACAAGCAUCCUGGCUUGCGGGAGGCUUUUGAGUAUCACAGGCCAGGUCAAGCACGUCUAUCGGCACCACCGCCUCAGUCCAAGCACACACAGGCCCAUAGACCACAGCAAGCAAAAGCAAAACAUUCAUCACAAAGGCCAUCGCGUUCAGAGAAGUAUAGAUUUCACAAAGGAGUCCAUGAGGGCAAGCGAUUGUGCGAUGUCCCUGAAAACUACAUACGGACGCUGGAGGGCAACCCACAAGUGCGGGAUCACUGGCCUGGCUUACGCGAGGCCCUGAAAGACUUCAAUGCGAAAACCGGUAGACGCAGUGUAGCAUGAUCAUACAAUGACUAUCAC